AUGCCGUCGUUUGAUCGCAUUUACGCGUCAUCGCCAGUUCUCGCCAUGCCGCCGCAGGUUGCUCAUCAGGUUCCGCUCGGCAAAUCCUUCCAGCAGCACCAAGCCAUGUCUCUCAGCCAGCCAGUCUCAUGGCCAGCGCACCUCGUUCGAAGCUCCUCUGUUGCCGGGCGCAAGCGGUCCAGGGAUGAGGCAUCAGUCAACCUUGACCCUCCCGAAAAGCUGGUUGAGGCCCCUGUCAUCAAAGAACCUGAGGAUGAAUGGAUCUACGGCCCCGGCAUGACGCUCAUCAAGAAAAGCACCGGAUACAUCGCAGAUGCCAGUAGCCAGUCGGGCACAUGGGUCGAAGAACGUGCAGCCAAGGAAGAAGCGCGCAAAGCUGAAGCCGCUCUUCUAGCCCAACAGCAAUUGGCCCAGUCUCGGCCGUCCUUGAGAAGCCACAAAUCUCAGCGACUAGACAUGACGACAGCCGCAAACACUGAUGGCAGAUCCCCGAGCCGCCGCUCCAGCCCCACCCGUGAGGCGACCAACCCAUUGUCGGCCUCUUCAGAUUCCAUUGCGCAACCAAUUGUGGACGAGUUCACCCUCCAUCUCGGCGUUGGCUGGAGCCGAAUCAGCGAACACAUCGAAGCCGCCGCCCGCGGCUGGGCCCGCUAUAUCGAGAAUCACUACCCUGUUACCAACGUCAAGAUCUUGUUGGAAAGCCGUGGCCUCCAAUCAUAUCUAGUCGAAGCGAAUGAAGGAUACUUCCUCUUUGCCGAAAAUCUACGACAAGGCCGGCUUUUGAGUCGAACUCCCGAAAGAGCCCUCAGCAACCUGAAAUCCUCUCCACCUGUCUUUGACGGUCUCGAUACCAUGGAUGCCUCCGAGUCGCCCAAGCCUCUGGACUCGACACCCGGAGUUUUUGCGCACACCAAUCCCCUCGCCUCAGUCGAAAUGGACAUGAGCUGA